CUAUAUAUUCUAUUGCAUUCCCUCUCCUAUAUAUCCACCAAAUACACUUCAUCUACCGGUCUUCCGCAAUGAUCGUCACCGAGCUUGGGGCCGUCGGCGUCAAGCCCGGUCUCGACAUCAUGGAUGAGUCUACUCCGGAGGGCCGGAUAUAUAUGAGCGUCUAUCGUAAGAUUAUCGUGGCACCUGGCGCUCCCCACCGAUUGUUUCUGGGAGUCGAAAUUGAAGAUCCAUCCAUGUCCUGGGGCUUCUUCGAUUGGGACUCAAUUGAGCACCACGAGAAGUUUGCCAAAGAACACGGUGCGGAACUGUGCAAGGACUUGCACAAGGUCCUGACAUACGGCGAAUUCUGCAAGCACAUCACAGCCACGCCAAGCCUCCCAGAUGCGCUGAAAUCUGUCGUGACUGAUGUCUUCAUCAUCUACUUUCCUUCAGACAUUACCCCUGAGGCGAAAGACACGGCGACUACACGACUUCAGGAGAUACUCGAGGAAGGUUUUGGGCAAGUGCCUGAGGUGACCGCCACUAGCUAUGGCUGGGGAGUUCAAGACAAUUUCCCCGUGAAGGGAGGAGAUCCCAAUCAGACAGGUUCCAUCUUGACAGCGUUUGUCGGCUGGUUCAAUGUUGAGGCAAACAAUACCUUUCAUCAGUCAGAGAGUUACAAGGAGAUUGAAAGAAAGCUUGAAAAUAUGGAAGGAUUGAUCAAAUUGAGACCUUUCCGCCUCAGAUGCACAGUCCUUGAGAGGGAGGCACAACAGUAGAUUAAGCAAGCGAGUUGGGAGGCAACAAAUGUUUGAGGAAAGGGACAGCUUCACAGGAACUAUACAGUCGCUACAGAUUGCGCAUUAUUUGAAUCUCUUUACGUACUAUCACACGGUCAUUUACACACAUUCAAUAUAACAGAAGCACUUGGAAGCAAUCGCUGGUGCGAUUCAUUCCUGACCAUGUGCUGCAAAAGUAAAUACCUAAGGCAAUCUGAACUCCAUGCUAUCCGAUUUGUCACAAUUUCCUUCCCAAGGUAA